CCCAUCCCCGGUCUCCCCUACAGUAGUCCGCUGAUUUCUGAGAAUGGCUCCGAACACAUCCACUCGCAAGAGGAUAUUCAUUUUGAGUUACAGGAUAUGAAUACGAUAGCUAGAAUAGCUUCAUCAGUAAUGUGCUUUAGCUAACGUUAGCUAUCUAAACUACGCGUGCAUCCACGUCGGGGACACAUUAUCAAUGUAAAGCAUUAUGGAGGAGGCCAUGUACAGUAGGAGGUGAUGAGAGUCAGAAAGACCCGUCAACUGCUCCUGGUGCUCUGUCCCUUUUUGGUGCUGUUCUUUCUUUACUACUCAAUUGGGAAACUCCACCUAUGGGGAUGGGGACAAGAACCAUUGUAUGACAAACAGGGAUUCUUGCUGAAUCUGGAUGGUAAUCUGCCUUUGGAGCUGAUGUACAAGUAUGGCAAUCUCAGCAAGGGAGUCUGCAAGCCAAGCUAUGCCGCUGCAAAGAUGUCCGCCAUCUAUCCAAAGUUCACUAAACCAGCCCCCAUGUUCCUCGAUAUGAAUUAUAGAAGAUUCUCCAAGAUCAGUAACUUCUUCCCACCUUUUGGAACAAGAAUGCAAGAAAGGAUCCUGGAUGUUAUUCUGAAGACCACAAAGAGCUAUGGGCUUGGAGAGGAGCUUGACUGCCUGAGUUGUAAGAAGUGUAUCAUUGUGGGAAAUGGUGGUAUUCUGACCAACAGAUCUAUGGGUGCGAGGAUUGACGAGUACGAUGUGAUUGUAAGGUUGAACGAGGCCCCAGUGAGAGGUUAUGAGAAGGAUGUGGGCAGCCGGACCACCAUGCGUAUCACCUACCCAGAGGGAGCCAUUCAAAAGGCUGAACUCUACGAGAAGGACUCGCUGUUUGUCCUCUCUGCAUUCAAACCUUCAGAUUUCCAGUGGCUGCGGUCCAUGCUCUUUAAAAGGAGGCUGCAUAACCCAGAAGGUUUCUGGAAGUCUGUGGCGCGUCAUGUUCCCAGGGAGCCCAGUGACAUGAGAAUCCUGAACCCUUACUUCAUACAGGAAGCUUCCUUCAGGUUGAUCGGCCUGCCUCACAACAACGGACAGAUGGGGAGAGGGAAUAUUCCAACACUGGGGACGGUUGCCAUAACAAUGGCCCUUCAUAACUGUGAUGAGGUAGCCGUGGCCGGGUUUGGCUAUGACAUGACAGCGCCCCACGCCCCCCUACACUACUAUGAGAAGAUCAGAAUGGCGGCCAUUAAAGAGUCCUGGACUCAUAACAUUUGUAAAGAGAAGGAGUUCCUGAUAAAGCUGGUUAAGGCGGGUGUUAUACAGGACUUGACCAAUGGGAUUUGUGGCUCAGGCUGCUGGUGACAACGUCCAAUCCCCAUUCCUGGAGAUAGAGGAGAAACCGAAGCCGGAGUGCGAUCCAGCUCUCAUAUGAUCUUCAGGACAGAAGGCUGGUAGCAGCUUUUGAUGGCAUCUCACUCUGACGUAGGACAACAACGGUAGAUGGAAUUUUUGACUGGACUGCAGUGGAGAAACCUAGAGCUACAACACGCAAGAAGGAUAUAGACCUGAGAAUUACACACUGUUGUGUUUGAACAGUUCAACAGUAUUGUGGAAUGAGGGGCUAAGACUCUGAGGAGUAGGAAUACGUUGAUAGAACUACUAGCAUAUACAGUACUACACAUGAAUGUAUUCAAUCAUUACAUACAGUAUACAUCGCUGGAACUGUUCUUGGGCUGUUAUUAAUGUCUUUAUUUGUUUUUAUCUCUGUCAUGGCUACCUCUCUAUUUGGCCUUUGUCUGAUAGGAUGGCUUACACACACAUUAUGGCUCAUGUCUCCACACCUUCCUUCGCCCUUUUAAGAUGUUUUAAAUGAUUUACUUGAAUGAUUACUUUGUUCUCCUACUUGUUCUGAGUCAGAAGACGAGGAAUGACUGACCGCCUCAAUAGAGAAACACCUAUUUUUUUCAGUUAACUACUGAGGCCUCCCUUUCUGCUUUUGUUUUACUGCUCUCUGUGAGAGAAACACAGGGCUUUGAGUCAUCACGGUCUAAACUUUCAUAGAUUCCAUUCACAAUGUUACACUGGUCUUAGUGCAGAUAUAAUUGUCCAAAAUUACUCCCUAUUGCCCAUAGUGCAGUACAUUACUAUAGAGCAGGGCCUAUGGGCCUCUGGUCAAAAAUAAUAAAAAAAGAAUUCACUAAAUAGGGAAUUGAUCAUCUUUUGGGAUACAUAGAUAUUUUAUCUACAUCUUCAGAGGCCCACAAACCUUAACGUUUCCACUUUGCACUAUUCAUUGUUUAUUUUAAAGAUUUUAGCUUAGUCACUUCUAAAUGUUAUUUCCUUUGUUCAUUUUUGCCAAAAUGAAUAGUAUUUUACUAUGGAAUUAUAUAUGGUGUCUUAAGACAAUAUAUUGUUGAACGCAGAAAAGUUAUUAUAUUCCCACAUACACAAGCCAAAGCAAUUAUGUUAAUUUGAAUUAUUUUCUAUUGGUCAUACACUGUCAUCACUCUUCAUGUAUCAAAGAUGAUUCGACCAAUUAAAUAAAAAUAA